UAGCGUCACGGCAAGCGAGUACACUAGACGAGGUAUACUCGGUAAUAUUCGACGAGAGAGUAAACCAGUAAAAUGAGUAAACUGGAGCAGUUAAACGUGUUCCUGAGUGAGAGACUGUCCGCGGCGGUGAAUGAGAUCCUCGACACAGUGAGCAGGAUGAUGCAGGAGUACGAGGAGGAAACGGCUCGGAUACGCAAAGAGAACGAUUAUCUGAAGGAAAUGUUGAAGAUUACAGGAUGGAGUUUUACAGAAAUAAACCCGGGUGUGUUCCUGGGAGAACAAGAUGGUUUGUCAAACCUGCAGCAUGAUUCUCAGGAGGGCUUGUGUCAAAACCCAGAGCUGAAGGAAGAAAGCACAAGCAUUAAAAUAGAGCAGCCUGACCCACCAUACCCUGCACAUCCCGACUCUGAGCAUACAUUUCCAGUUCCUGCUGUGGAGACGGGUUCACCAAUAUCUGAUGUCUGGAACAGGUUGAAAAACAGCAAACGAAAAGCUAAAUUAAAGCUGAAGAAAAAACAUUACUGUUUAUAUUGUAAGAAACCUUCCCUCCGAAUGACACAGCAUCUCCUAUCAGCACAUGCUAGAGAACCAGAGGUGGCAAAGGCCCUUAGUUAUGACAAGAAGUCAAAGGAAAGGAAACAGUUGCUGGAUCUUCUGCAGAGCAAAGGAAACCUCUUACACAAAGAUGUGGGUAUGAGUAAAACCUUAAUGUCAUCUGAACUGCAUGCCACAGCUGGAUCUAAUAAGGACAACAUGCAGUGCAUUUAUUGUCUUGGAUUAUAUAGCAGUAAGAGUAUUGCUAAUCAUGUAAAGAGAUGCAAGCAUAAAUAUCCAUAUAGAGCUGAAGCUAGCACUGCUAGUCCUGUGUCCAAUACCAUUGCUUCUCGACCAGGUACCUCUUUAAGUGGAGAACUGCUACCAGCUAAGCAAGUAAGUUUGCCUAGGUCAUGUAGUACCAAACAGGAAACUCCUAAUCCUGAAUCUGUUAGCACCCCUGAAUCAGACACUCGUCACUGUACAACACAGCUUUACGCCGACCCAGAAUCUACAGGUUCUCCCUGUGAAAACUUGGGGUUAGUUGGUGAACAACUACUUGCUAAUCUUGAAUCGCAAAGUGAUCUCGCUCCAGACACCAGCAUGGUCAGACACGACCAUGUGCACAACAAUCCAACCUGCAGCUCUCCAACCUAUGAUCAGACUGAAACAAGCAAGAGUGAGCACAAGAAAACUGACGCUGAUCAAAGCAGCCAGAACGGACACACGGUAGAAUGGAGGAGGAGCUCUCAUGUUGAAACUCAGUCAAGAGUGAUUGACAACCCUUCAGACGAGGAGGCGAGUGCAGCACAGAACGCACAGCUGCAUAUUUGUCAGCACUGCAACGCUGCUUUCUGCAGUGCAUAUCACCUACGCAGACAUGAGUACACUCAUACAGAUGAAAGGCCUUUCUGGUGUAGUGAGUGUAACAUUGGGUUCAUUCAGAAGUAUCGCUAUCGAAACCACAGAAUGAUCCAUCAUGAAGAGAGACAUUUAAGCAUUUACAAGGAUCAAUCAAGAAGGCGUAAAAACCGAUCUUCCAGUGGAGAGAAGUCAGCAGACAGUGAGCUCCAUCAACAGCCGUUGGCUGAGAGCACGGCAGGUACAUCAGAGCCUUCCAACAAUUCAGAGGAAAGAGUUUGACUCAACAAACAGAGGACGCUUAAGGAAGUUUCACAAUGAAGGAAUAACUGACUGCAAAGAAGAGGGAGAACCUGUGAAUGGUGUGCCAGGGAGAGAAUCGGUGAACAGUGUUCGAUUAUGAAUUUUUAUUCAUUUUUUUAAAAUAAAUUUUAAUAAUUCAUAUUAACAUUUUAGGUACAUCUUUAUUUUGUAUUGGUUUUUAUACCUUGCUUCAUAUAAUAUUUUGAAACAGUGAACACUUACAUCAAGUACAGUUGCUUUUGUUUUUUUUUAUAUCAUCCAAAUAGUUAUUAUUGUGCAUAAUUAAGUGCAGGUUCAAAAUAAACUUGGAUAAACUUGGA